AUGCAGAGGAUAGUGGAUCACGCCGUCGGGGUGGCGAAGGAGUCCGUCAAAGCCGCAUCUCGCGAGGCGUUCCACAACACGGCCAACUUUGUCAACUCGGCGUCAGCGCUGGUGCUGGCGUGUCUGCCCAACAAGUCGCCCAUCACCGAAGGGCUCCAUGGCUCCUGGGACCUCCGCCCCACCUUCCGCUCGCCGCGCCUCCCCGCCUGGAUGGCCCAGGGUGGUUCCUCUUUGAAUGCUUUUCUACACGAGUUCGUCGACACUAUAGACGAGUUUCACCUCGACUCCAGCUCCAACUACGCUGCAGCAACAGCAGCAGCACCAGACAUGUACAAAGCCAGAGGAGCAGGCACCGCCGCUGCUGAUGAUGCUGCUGCUGCUGCUGCUGCUGCUGCUGAUGCUGAUACGCUUGCUCCAACUGCCGUUGAUAGUACUACUGCCUCCCCUCCUGCCACCCCCGUCCAGGCCUGGCCUGGUUACCCGAUCUUCAGCCCUAGGUUCGGCCCGCACAGCCGCAGCAGCAGCUCCAGCAGUCUCUCGCGCCAGCUGUCGAUCGCGAGUGUGGAUCUGGGGAAGCGACUGGGGGACGUGUUUGAGUACAUGACGCAUCUCAACAUGAACCACCUGAAUGAUUUCCGCAGGCAUGGCGUGUUGGAGGAUCUGCAGCUCUUCUGGGAGCUCGUGAUUGAGCGCUUCUUUGACGCCGUGCGGUCGGUGCUGCUCUUCUGCCUCUUCCCCUGGCGGCUCCUCUCCUUCCUCUUCACUCCGCUGCUGCGCCUCCUAGGCCUCCCAGUGGCGCCCUCACAGGGCCUUCAACCCUCACCUGAAGCUGCCGCAUCUGCUGCUGGGGGGGCUGCUGCUGGUGGUGCUGAUGCCAGUGGGGGUUGGGGUGCUGCUGCGUUCAGUGCACCAGCAGCAGAUGUGGCACCCGAGAGUAGGUCGGCGGCGCACCUGUCGCAGCUGCAGAUGCAGCAGCAGGAGGAGCACGAGCGGCAGCAGCAGCAGAACGAGCAGCAGCAGGGGCAGAGCCGGUGGCAGCAGCAGCAGCGGCUGCGGCAAGCUGAGGCGCUGCAUGGACCGCGACUCAUGGACGCACGGACGUGUGAAGAUAUCAUCCGAGAUGCUGGGUACCCGUACGAGGCCAUCAAGGUGGUGACAGAGGAUGGGUAUGUGCUCACGUUGGAGCGAAUCCCAAGGAAGGACUCUUUGAGGGUGGUGUUCCUGCAGCACGGCAUUCUAGACAGCUCCAUUGGGUGGGUUUCCAAUGGUGUGGUGGGAUCUCAAGCAUUCGCAGCCUACGACCAAGGCUUCGACGUGUUUCUGGGCAACAUGCGGGGCUAUGUCACGAGGCAGCACGUGGAUCUGCGCAUCUCUGCCAGCAGGUACUGGAGCUACAGCGUGAACGAGCAUGGCAUGUGUGACAUACGAGCCAUGAUAGACUGCAUCCACCACACCAAGAUCCGCGACCUCGCCCCUCCUCCCCGUCCCUCUCUCGUCCCACCUCAGCAGCAGCAGAAGCAGCAGCAGCAGCAGCAGCAGCAGCAGCAAGCCGUGAACCCCCAGCAGAGCCAGGAGCACCACCAGUGGCGGCAGCCUAGCCCUUCAGGAGCAUUAGAUGCCCUGGGCCUUGUACACAGUGAUUCAUCCUUGCACCCUGGGCCUGCUGUACAUAGUCACGGUUUCGAUACAGGAGUAGCAGCAGGAGGUGCUGAUACGCUGUAUCGGGACAAGCCACAAUCGGGUACAGGUGGUUCUGGGUGGACACCUGGCAGCCAGACGAUGCAGGAUGGCGUGAUGACGUGGCAGCCAGGGUGGCACGAGGUGAGGCCUGCUCCUGUGUCGCUGAUAGAUGCUCUGAGGGAGAGGCGAGAGGAGGAGAUGAGGGAGGCGGAGAGGGAGGGGGAUAGAAGGGAUGGGGAGACAGCAGCAGCAGCAGCAGCAGGAACAGCAGCAACAAGUGCUGCAGAGGCUUCAGAUCAGAAGCAGCAACAGCAGCAGGGGCAGCAGGGGCAGCAGCAGGGGCAGCAGCAGGGGCAACAGCAAGGGGAGCAGCAGGGGCAGCAGCAGGGGGUACCAUGGAGUGAGGAGCAGCCGUACCAUCUGCAGGCAGUGGCGCACAGCCUGGGAGGGGCAGCCCUGAUGAUCUACCUCGUCACCCAGCUAAUCCGGAAACAGCCCCACCGCCUCUCCCGCCUCAUCCUCCUCUCCCCCGCUGGCUACCACGAGAAGACCCCCCUCCUAUUCGAUGUGAUGCUCUUCCUCAUGCCAUACGUCGACUCGUGGCUCUCCCACUCCGUACCAGCCGUCUACAUCCCAACGCAGGGCCUGCGUCUGCUCUUCAACAAGCUAGCUCAGGACUUUCAAAACCUGCCUGCAUUGCGCUGCCUGGUUCAGGUUCUGAUCUCGAACAUCAUAGUGGGGGGAGAUUCGUCCGACUGGGUGGGCGCUUUGAGGCAACCCCAUUACAACAUGUACAACAUGCCUGGCAUAGCCUACAACGUCAUGAAGCACCUCGCUCUCACCAAGCGCGAGCGCCGAUUCAUCAUGUUCGAUUACGGCUCCCCCGCAGCUAACCUCGCAGUGUACGGUUCCCCCGAAGCAGUCGACAUUGGAGCGUAUUACCGUCUUAUUGAUAUCCCCAUUGAUGUUGUCGCCGGGCGGCGCGACCGUCUUAUUCCCCGGGAGAUGGUCCACUGGCACUACAAGACGCUGAAGGCCGCCGGGCGGCAGGCGUCGUACCGGGAGUUUGAGUAUGCACAUCUGGACUUCACGUUUGCACAUAAAGAGGAGCUAUUAGCAUAUGUGAUGCGGAGGCUCAGGGUCGAUCUGCCGAAGCUGCACCUCAUGCCGAACCUGUCGCCGAACCGGUCGCCGAACCUGCGUGCCCGCGUGGCGGAGUUUGAUAGAAGCCGCCUCCUCCGUGCAGAAGCGUCGGCCGCAAUGUCAGCGGAAUCAGCAGAACCACCACCAGCAGCAGCAGCAGCAGCAGCAGCAGCACUAUAA